AUGGAGGGAGCCAUGAGUUCACAAGAAGUGAGUGACGAUGAAGAUGACUCCAAAAUGAUUGACCGAGACACAAGAGCAUCAUCAUCGUCUGCAUCAUUGUCACUGCGGCUCUUACCCUUCUUGAAAGAGAUGGCUAGGUCAAACAUCCCAUGA